AAGCUUUUGGUUUUGUCACGGAUGAAGAAAGAGGAGAAAUCUUCUAACAGAAAGAAAAAAAAGAGGAAAGAGGAGAAAUCAAUCUUCUGCUUUCUUCCAAAGAGGAAAUCAUCCAUCUUCUUCUGAGAUUUUAAAUUCGGUGAUGGAGUUGGAUCCUCGACAGUACGAGCACAUUGCUAAUAAUGACAAUGAUGUCCGCAAUGUUGUCUUAUCAUAUCUUGUACAUAAUUGCUUCAAAGAGACUGCAGAAUCAUUCAUUUCUUGCACUGGGAUGAAGCUUCCUGCUGAUUAUCCUGUUGAGAUGGACAAAAGAAAACCAAUUGUCCAUUUUGCAUUGGAGGGAAAUGCUCUGAAGGCCAUUGAAUUGACAGAACAGCUGGCACCCAACAUACUAGAGGAAAACAAGGACCUGCAUUUUGAUCUACUGAGCCUUCAUUUUGUUCAGCUUGUUUGCUCUAGAAAAUGCACAGAAGCUCUGGAAUUUGCUCAGAUCAAGUUGACACCAUUUGGGAAGGUUCACAAAUUUGUCGAGAAACUGGAGGAUUUCAUGGCUUUGCUAGCUUAUGAGGAGCCAGAAAAAUCACCAAUGUUUCAUCUGCUUAGUUUGGAUUACCGGCAGCAUGUUGCAGAUAAUCUAAAUCGAGCAAUUCUGGCGCAUGCUAACUUGCCUAGCUAUUCUGCAAUGGAAAGGUUGAUACAACAAACCACCGUGGUGAGGCAAUACUUGCAUCAAGAGCUUGGAAAGGAUGGACCUCCAUCAUUUUCUUUGACGUCUUUUCUGAAGAGCUGAAAAGAGCGGGCUGAAAUUUUCUGCAGGCAAACAAUGGGGCAUAGUGCGUUUACAUCAGCUCGUUUGGUGUUAUAAUUUGGUGACGGGUGCAGUAUAAUCUUUGAACUGUGCUCAGUAUUUAAAGAUUUAUCAGAGCAGGUCUCAUGUAUCCAGUCUUUGGCAUUUUGGUGAGAUAUGCCUUUCUCAUUAAGAGGCUAGAAUGAAAAAUGGGGCUGGUAUUGGAGUGAGAAGUUGCCUAUUUAUGGGAUGUUGGUCUUGCUGAUUGAGCGCAUAGAAGGUAUAUGUUUGCAUGCUGUUGGAGGUUGUAAGUGAGCUUUCAGUUUUAUUUCUAGUCGUUGAUUCGCCAUUACUGGUAGAUAUGAAAAGAUGAAAAAUUUUAGGGAUCACAAUCUUUCUUUGUUGGAAAUUAAUUGCAUGUAAUUAUUGUGUGGGAGGAAAAAGUUGUUUGCUUGGCUCUGUUGUAGUAAUGCUUAGUUGAAUUAAA